AAACACGGUUCGCGCCAUUUAUAAAUUCCCAAAUAUUAAAUAAAAGUUGUAUUCUACAUGUGUUAAUACUAGUUUCCGUGUUUUACUGCAGGCAAACAAGUUUUGUGCCACCAUUUUUGUUGUUCUGACGCUUGGCGUGCCCCAUGUCAAUGUGUAUUAUUUGCGUGUAUGUAUGUACUCCUCAAAACAUGCACACAGUUUUGCGAAAUAUAUACAAACUGUGAUUGUUUGUUUAAAGAUUCACGUUACGUCGUCAAAGAAACAUUAAAAUGGAUGCAGAUACAGAAGAAGAGUGGGCCAGUAGCAGCAGCAACAGAUCCAGUUCCAGUGAUGUAAUAAAAAACCUACUGGAAGUCGCCAAUAGCAGGCCAGGCACCAAUGUGGCCAAGGCAAUCGCUGCGUACCAAGAUUUUCCUGGGCUAUCAACGCUGCUUCUGCUCCUGGAGGAGGUAUCGAAAAAUACAGAUUUUUCAACCGAUAUGCGCUUGUCGCUUUCCUAUUACAUGGAUGAAUUUUUGCGGCAAGUAUCCGGUGCGAGUGUGCCCCGACGCUCGGUUAUUGCCGCCGCCGGCAGCGUGCUUCAAUACUGCAGCAAAAUCUAUGGCGACAGGGUGGAGCUCAUGUACCAGGUUGUGGAGCAUCAGAUCGAGGCGCUGCUCAUAGCCGAUCCCAAAAAGGAUGAGAACAGCAAUCGCAAAAGAGAUGCUAGCAAGCCGGAGGAGCCGCGAAAGCGUCGCAUUAAGAAACUCACCCAAAAGGAAUUCGAUCCGUUUUCGUAUAAGAUGGAACCAAAAAAGUUCAAAAUAAUGUCCGAUGAGAAGCGCUUCAGUCGCGUUGGAUUCGAAACGAAUAUAAACAGAAAUCGUACAAUUGAGCACAUGUAUCAGGAUCAUACGCCGUCCCAUCUUUGGAAGCAUGCUUCCAUCGUGGAUCCAGCGAAUCCCUACGAGCAGGAUGAGAAAAAGAACUAUAAGGUGUUUACAUACCAUCCGGAGCCCAGAUACAAUACGCUUCUGCCAGACAUUCAGUUUGAUCGUCUGAAUUUGAUCAAAGAAUACGUGCACUCAAAUCAAGUUGAUGUAUCCGACACUCUUAAUAAGAACAUGACUAAUAAGGAAUAUUUAGAUGAGUACAUAGCGCUAGAGAACCAAAUGCUUGCCUCUCGCUAUGGGGAAAAAACAGGGCUGAAGCGCACGCUGACUGUCCAAGAGGAUGAACAGGCGAAGCGUUUGCGCUUGGAACUGCAGAAACGUUUGCUGGAAUUCACUGAUGAGAGCUCUAAACGUAGAAGGCUAACUGAAGAGAUGGACGAUAAUCGUGAUGGGAAUUUGGAGACUGAUGAAAGCGGAGCUAAGCGAUCGCAAACCUCUAUGGACUCAGUACUACGCGAAUCGCUGAAAACUUUGACGCUGACAGAUACAUCACAAGUUCAACUUAAUGAAAACAAGAUAGAGGCACUUUCCUUAAGCAGCACGUUGCACAUGAAUGACGCCAGUUGCUUGGACAGCACGCGUUUGGAUCUGCAGCAACUCGAAUCUAUAAAGGAAGAGACGAAGCAGGAAUCACAACAGAAGUCCCAACUGGAACUCUGCACUGGGAAGGGUGAUGAUAGCAAUGAGCAAUCGUUGCAAAUUGAUUCAGGCAUUGGCAUGGAUGAUGUAUGCGAUACUCUGCCGACAGGUCAAUCUUUUGAUGAUGAGGGUGUUGUUCUUACAGAUCUUAUAGACGACCAGCGUCUGCAGUCGCUAUCGCCCAAGGUAAUGGUGCGGGACAUACUGCCCGGUGUGCCCGACAAAGCCAACCUGAGCGUGCGCGUGGACGCCGAAAUGUUGGCUCUGAGCGGCAUCAAUGAAACGCUCGAGGAGAUUGUUGAUGUGCCACGUGAAGUGCACUAUUCAAUCGAGCGGAAUUUGCUGCAGCUACCAGAAAAGAGGCUACGCAAGGGUUCUCUCUUCAAGCUUCCCAAAGAAUUUGAUUUAUUUAAGAAAGCGCGCACACCAGCCAAGCGACAGGCUGAACCCAAGGCGCCCGGUGCUCCCAGAGCCUUGCCUACCGUCUCGCCUGUUGCCUCGCCUACGCAUUCCGUAUCGUCACUUGACAAAUUUCCGGCAUUGCCGUUGGACCAAAUGGAAUUCGAUUCGGAGCUAAAUUUUCGCGGAUUCAGACGCCCUACUUAUGAUUCAGGUAUUGAUCAGGAAGAGAUUAGAUUGGCCAACUCGCCAGCAGAUGACGGCAUCAUCGUUGAUGUGGGCUCCGAAGAACCAUCGGAUUCGAAUGCAUUAGAAAACUCAGCGCUCUCAAAUGUAAUUCAAGAAGCUAGAGAUUCUGAACAAACAGAGAAGGACUUGACGUUGCCUGAAAUUUCAUUGGGCGCAACAGAAUCAAAUGAAACGCAACAAAAUGGUUUACAACAUACACAAGCAGAUGAGAUAAGAGCCCAAGACAUCACCGAAGAGGACAUAAGAAUACCCGAUACCACAGCAGAGAACACAACGCUACUAGAGAGUGGAUUGAAUGCCAUGCCUAUGGAUUUGGCCACAAACGACAUAGAGUUGGACUCAGACUGGGAUGCAGAAGAAAGCGAUUCGAGCGUUCAAGAAAACUGUAAUAGCAUAGAUGCAGAAACUGAUGCCAAGAUUAUUGACUGGCAUCGUCGACUGGCACCCACAUUAGAAGCAGCGCAUGCGCGUCAAAACUUUAGCAUACAGCACCUAAAUGACGAGAUUAUAGCAAAAUGCCAGGAAAAUGAUGGAGAGGCAACACUUGCCGAUGUGAUAGAGGAUAAAGAUCCAACCAAACUAUGUUGCUAUAUGUUGUCCUCGCUACUGCUGACAAACCAGAGGAAUGUGGAGCUUCAAAUCGAUAAACAUGAUAAGAGCAAGCCAAUUGAAAUGAAUCAGUUUAAGAUGAAGUUGAUUAGCACCGAAAGGAAACAAGUGAAUCCCGAGGAUGACAUUGGCAAUAUGGACAUUUCCAAUCAGCGUAACAACCAGGCAGCAUCACACGAAACACCGCAAUCUGCUAACGCCGCCCAUCGCAAGGUGCAAGAGCAACGCCCCACACUUGAUGCAAUUAAUGUAAAAACAGUGCGCCUUAUAAAACCUGUGCCCAAGGCAAGCGCACGGCCAGAGGAUGCUGACUCUGGCAUAUCAUCGCUGCCGGCAUCCUUAAUGUCUGUGUGGCCGACUGACAUGUAGCAGAGGCCGUAGCAAUUGCUGGUGUCUAGUGCUCAAUGUGUGCCUCUGUCUUUAGUUUAUGUAUAUAGUUGAUUAAGUCGCAGGGUUGACGUUCGUAUAUAUGUGUGUACAUUUCGAUUCUCGUCCAGUAACCUUAGAAUGUAUAA